AAUGGCAGUUUCGCUAAAAUAUCUCCAAAUACUAGUUCCGACAGCAUGUAUUCUAAUUCGAGCAAAGAGGAGUUAUCCAAACUUGAGAAUGGUGUUAGCAGACGAAAACCUUCCAUAAUCACGAAUUCGAGAAAAGCUUCUGAAGCUGAAAACGUUAUAAGAGAAAAUACAGAAGAAACAUUGCAAGAAUCGGAAAAUAAUGAUAUAAAUUCUUCUGAUCAUGAAGAUGAAAAAGAAGAUACCGAUAAUCAGGAUAAAGAAACACCUGAAAUUGAGUCAGAAGCGAAUGCGGAAGAGGACAAAAAUGUGGCAUCCCGAGAAAGCAUCGCAGAAGAUGGGGAGGAAGAAAAACUUCCAGAUGAAAAUAAUGAAGAAAAUGAAGAAGAGCAAAAGGUAGAGGGUGAAGAAAUGGCUGAUCCAACUACAAAAGCUGAUGAAACCGAGAAUCCCACUCAAGAGGAAACCACAGACGCACCUUCAGAGGAACCUGAAGAUAGUCCAGGCUCAGAUAAAGAAGACGAAAAUACUCCAGAUAGUGCAGAAACGGAAAAUGUAAAUGAAGAAAACGAAGAUACUGCCAGAACUGCAGAGCAAGAAGUUGCUAAUGAUGAGGAUAAGGAUGACAGUAAAACGGAAGAGAACAAGGAGGAGCCUGAAACAGAAGAUAGCCAAGAAGCAAAUACUAACGAUGAAACCGAACAUCAAGAGGAUGAAAUUCAAAUUGACCCACCAAAUGAAGAAACAGAAGAAGAUAAAAAUGAAGAAGAAACUGAGACUAACACAAAAGAGGGUGCUGAUGAGGAGUUGGCUGAAGAAAAUGCAACUGAUGACAAAAACACUGAGGCUAAUGAGGAAAAAAAUGAGGAUUCAGCAGAAGAAGCAGAUCCUUCUCAAUCCGAAGAAUCAAGUGCGACUGUGAUUGAAGCAACGAACAGUCACAAAGCUACAGAAGAUGCUGACGAUUCAAUCGAUAAUACAAAAUCCGAUGAUGAAGAUAGCACAGCAAAUGAAACCAAUGAAAAUCUUACUGAAGAUACGAAUGAUGAUCUUGGUAAGAUGCAAAAUUCAGAAGGAAAAACUGUGGCAGAAGUUGGAAGUGGCAAUGCAGAAAAUGCUGACAAUGAGGAAUUAAAUGAUGAGCAACCCACAGAAAACGCACAAGAGGAAGACAGUGGUAAAAUUAAUGGAGAAGAAAACAAGGAAGAAGGUAAUGAACAGGAAGAAGGUGAAGCCAAUACUUCGGAAGAUACUAAGGAGGAAAAUAAACCAGAUAAUGAAUCAGAAGAACAAAGUGCACCCACAGAAGAGGAAGAAAUCCCCGCAAACGAUGAAGAAAACAAAGAAAAUGAAAACCCUGAUGAAACGGCUGAAAAUGAGAGUGAGGAAAAGGUCGAUGAACCAAGUGAUCCAGCCAAUGAAGAAAAAGAAGCAGAUGAAAAAGUGGAGGAAAAUGACAAUGAUAAUAAAAAUGAAGAUACUAGUCACGAAGUGGGGGAAGAAAAUGGGGAGGAACCAAAAGAGGAAGAACAACAAGAAGAAUCCGUGGAUAAAAAUGAAGAAGAGCAAGACAAAAAUGAACCUACAGCUGAGAGUUCAGAAAACAAUGAGGAAAACAAAGGCAGCGAUGCAGAUCAACCACCUCAUCAAACAAAGGAUCAUUUAGAUGAACUAAUUGAACAUUGGAUAAAGGAAGGAGACCUCUUAAGGUUGGAACACGUUGUACUGGCUGGUCAAGGAGACAGACUCAUUGAAAGAACAUCAGAUGAUAAACAAGUUCAAGAUUUUUUGGAUUUAGUUCCUAUAUAUAUGGCAAAGAUCCGUGCUGUCCAUGAAGCCGUUGCGAAAGGACAAUUACGAGAAGUAAGAUCGAUCCUUACCAGAAAGCGGUUUGCACUCAGCAGGGAUCAUGUUGGAGCGAGUCCUUUGCAUUUAGCUGUUUUGCAUGGACAUACCGAUGUUUCGACAUACAUUAUUUCUCAUUUUCCGGAAACCAUGGAUGGGCCCGAUAAUGAAGGAAGGACGCCUCUUCAUUAUGCAACUGUUUUGCAAGACAAUGGUACUCUUUAUAGAUUACUCAAAUCAGCUGGGGCUGAUGAAAACAUUGAAGAUAAGGCUGGUCACAGUCCCAAGUACUAUCUGACUCAUCCUGGAGUACUGACUCAAGCGCAGCUUUUGGAACCAUAUUCCACUUCAGAAUAAAAUGUUUGGCUCAUAAACAUUUUUCAUACUUUAUUCUACAUGCAUCUUCAAAUACAAAGUGACAAAAGGACUUUUCAAAAAGAGACAGCGAGAGAGAGACUUGGACACUUUCCAGUGCACUAUAUUCUCUUUAUUUGAGAUAAGAGCUUGAAAGCGAAAACUUUGUUUACCAGCCGCAUAGAAGUGGCAUUGUCAAAGUCAAAGAAGAACUUUUUAUAUUACUGAUGAAACAAACAUUUAGCAAGACAAAAAGAAGAAAAUCCGCUUAUUGUCACCAUGUUAAAUAGACAAAAUUUUUA